AUGCCGAAACUGCCAGUUCUCUGCGGUGACUUUUCUCGCCGAUCUCUAUCUCCGCUCCUCUCCUUCAAAACGGCGUCAUUCGAGACCAACAACUCUCUAUCGAAACCCCAUUCCCUAACAAUUGCAAGCGCCUCCGUGGAGCCCACUCCACCCUUCGUUCGCGCCCAGCGGCGACAGUGCGUUCCUGGCCCACCGUCGCUAGCCAUUCUCCGCCCUCCAGCAGUCCGCCUGGCCAACCCGGUCAACCACGUCCCCCGCAUCACCCCAAUUUCUUUCCCCCCACAGCAUUCAGACGAAAGUCUCCCAUUAGGAUACGGGCACUCACGAGACGCCCGCCCACUCCUCAGCGUCCCCGAGCGACGACGCAGUCGACUCACCCCCUCCCCAAGCAGCCUACUCGUCGAGCGCAGUCAGGGGGAAACGGAAAGCGGCCGCACCAGCAUCGCCCUCCCUCCCCGACACCGGCGCAGUGAACAAUAUUCACCCGCUGACAUGGCUGCUGCGUUUGCGGGCAGCGCCGCGCGGGACACGGAGAACCUGCGGCCUCCCGAGGCCGUCCAUCUCACGCAAGCUGGGACUCGACAGAGUGACCGGCCCCGUCAUGCGCCGUCGCAGACUUCUCUGCGGUCCCAGUCCCAGAUUGCCUCCGUGCCUUCUCACACUGGUCAGCCGCCGACUGAUGUCGCGGAGGAAUUGGCCUGGGGUCCUGCUCAUCCGUGUUUUCCUCACUUCAACCCGCAUGUGCCUAUUGGGUCGCACGAGCAUUUGUCAACGCGUGUAAUUCGCAUCCGUCGAGAUUGGAUGAUUCAAGGCGACCUGGCACCAACGUUUUCAAAUCUGUAUCCUGAGAUUUUGGAUCCGUUAUUGUCAGAGCAGGAGUUCCGGAAGGUGAUUUCGACAGUCAAUGAUGGAGUGAUCAAAGCUUUCGACCCAUUCAGCUUCCGGAAUUGGCUUGAUGGUGCUUUGGGACUGUUGACUGGUUGGGUAUGGGAUGAUAUCAACGGCCCUGGCGUAAAAAGCCAACUCCAGCAAGUUGAGGCCUGGCUGGAGAAGUGGAAUCGAGAAGUUGGCUCCAAGGACGGGGUUCACAUCUGGAGCCUGAGGCGGACGGCAUACAUGUCGCUUGAUAUCCAGAUUCCUGAUCCCAAGGUCGGCCUCGUACCCAGUGAGGCUCCUUCUGUUUCCAAUACCAGGCCAAGUACGGGUAUUGGAGCAGGGGCGUGA